GGACUACCCGAAACUCGAUUGACGGUCCUGACGGCGCAGUCUUAUUUCUCAGCAUGAAAAUGGCUGAGUUGUGAGCGUCGUUCUAUUAGCAAUAUUUCCGGUCGAUUUCAAUGGUUCCUUCUGCACGCGACCGUAUUCUCGAACCGAUACUGUGUUCCCGAACCAACACUGGACGCCGUUUUGAUCCUUCCAUCAUCCUCCCGCCCGCCGUUGAACAAUAUUUCCUAGCUGCUGCUGCUGCUGGUGCUGCUGCUGCUGAAUGUAAUUGAAAGGGGGAGUAGUAAAAAGCAGACGAGCAGAGGAGCGUAUACGGUUCGCGAACAGGGAAGAAAAAAUCGAACCAAUCGAGAAGUACCGCAUAGCACGGUAAAGCAGGAAGCUGGCUCGCUGGCUAGCUGGCUGGACGGGACAAAGCCUAGAUUCCAGAGCAGCAACAGUGGAAGAACGAUUCUUACAUGCAGGUGCAGGUUCUCGGAACCAUUUUGUAGAUACGCUCGUGUGGUUCAUACGGUUGCCCAGGGGAAGGAUUGCAAACAGACGGGAAGGUAGUGCCUGUUAACCUGUUAAGUAUCAUCUAUUCGUUAAGCAAACGCCGUGCUACACACCAACGGAAUGCGCUGCCGAACCGCAAUCGCACGCAAGCGAUAAUAUAUCACCGCCUAAACAGAGAGUGGCCUUCAGUUUUCAUUAAGCUGUGAAAAUUUGUAGAAGCAAACACCAGAGAGCAAUAUAAAAGGGACAAUCGAAGCCAGGAAGAAAGAAUCAUCUGCCUAAGCGUUUGAUCGCGGACCAGCGGAGCAUAGCGAGCUAACCAUUCACUACUUUCCCGCCAAUCAAUAACCAUCGUUGCCACUUGAUGCAUAGCACCUCUCAGGGAGGUAGUAUGGCUGCUACACUGCUACAGCAGAAAACUUUCAUGAACGGUCUCACGGCCAGUUCAAACAGUGCCGGGGCGCCGGACGGGGCCGCUAGCAAUCCGACGGUAUCCAGCGCCGGCACGCCAACGGCGCUGGUAGGCACCCCAACGGCCGGUGGUGGCGUCGGUAUAGUGAAAACGUUCCUGCCCGUGUCAAAAACACUCAUCCAUCACCUGCUGCCUAAUCAUGCGCUACAGACCGACCAUCACACGGCCGCUGGCAAUUUGCUGCACCGGGGAAAUAAUUCCACCGCCACCGGUGCAUUUGUCGUCGUGUCCUCCCCAACGCUCGAUAGCAACAAUCAUCACAGAACUGAGCAGUAUCGAACAAAUCGAGGCACGUCUAGCGUAAGUACGUACAAUAUUCUAACACCAAGCGGAUGUGAAGAUCCGCCGGCCAGCGCACUGGACGAGAUCUUCAGUCCAUUACCUCGUCAAGCGGAAACGUCCGCACAGCCUUUGGAAGGUGUGACCGAUUGUGUGUGGGACGCAAUCGAACCAGCACCGGUUAUUACUGCUACAACCCCGGAGACCAUCGGCCAUUGUCAGCAGCAACCCACCACAUCCACCAAUCAUGCCUCAAUCAACCAGCAGCACGCACUGGCCGGCGUCCAUCAUGCAAAGGAUGCGAAUGAACGUUCGCUUGUUCCUGCCGACACGGUGGCCGAGCUGUCGCCGGAACAAUCCGAAACCAAGACCGUACCGGAAGCGGCCGACGAGCAGGAUGCCGAGCCCGAGCCGGAAAUCGACAUCGUCAUCAACAAUGUCGUGUGCUCGUUCAGUGUUCGCUGCCAUCUUAACCUGCACGAAAUAGCGCUCAACGGCGAUAAUGUGGAGUUUCGCCGAGAGAACGGUAUGGUGACGAUGAAGUUACGGCGCCCGUACACGACCGCGUCGAUCUGGUCCUCGGGCAAAAUUACCUGUACCGGUGCAACGUCCGAAGAUCAGGCUAAGGUGGCGGCACGUCGCUAUUCGCGCUGUCUGCAAAAGCUCGGCUUCAAUGUGCGGUUGCGAAACUUUCGCAUCGUUAACGUACUCGGCACCUGUGCGAUGCCGUGGGGUAUCAAAAUCGUGAACUUCUCGGAGAAGUACAAAAAGGACGCUAGCUACGAGCCGGAACUGCAUCCGGGUGUCACGUACAAGCUGCAUUCGCCACGUGCCACACUGAAGAUAUUCUCCACCGGAAGUAUCACUGUUACCGCCGCUAGUGUUGCCUACGUGCAAGCCGCCAUCGAGCACAUCUUUCCACUGGUGUACGAAUUCCGCAAGAAGCGUACCCCACACGAAAAGCUCGAGCUGCUGAAGCAACCGCCCGCCUUCGAUCAGCAGGACUUCGAUAUGCCGGAGGACGGCGAUCCCGACCUGGCGCAGGCGGCCGCCGGUACGGUGAGCGGACCCGUGCCGGACGACCUGGACGAUCUCGUCGCGGAAGAUUACGAAAUGCACGACGAGGAGGAGGAGGAGGAGCUGGAGAACACUGCUGCUGCCGGGAGCCUGGGAACCGGUAACGCCAAAGCAAUAGACAAAAGCAAUAGUAUUAGGGUAGGGUGCGCCACUGCGAAGGAGGGGCAACGUUUCGUGCGUUAAGCUAUGCUCUACGCUGGGCAGCUUCCUGGCAGUCGCAUCAGAGAAUGCAACCAUUCAUUAUUCUACCAAUAAUGCUCAGUGACAUCCCCACCCCCCCGCACCCCUAACCCCUUACGGCGGUCACGGUCACGAAAUCCUUAACAUAGCAAUAAUCCUUUAUCUCGGAUCUUCCACUUCCAAACAAACACAUACACCCACCCCAUUUCGAUACAAAAAAAAGCACACACACACACACAAGUAUAUCUUACUCUUUUUAUCUCCUUUAUCUCUCUUCAUCUCUCUAUCUCACUCACACGGAAAACCCCCUUUACAUUACAUACUCAUGAUGGAAGCUGCUUGCAGUGGUUAAGCUGUUUCAAUAUUUUUUACGUUUUAUUGGACGCAUUUCAUUUUGGACACAUUAACAAACACACACCCUUGCUGCUGCAUCCCCCCCCAAUCACCCCCCCCACCCCUAGGACGGUUCCAGUUACUCUCUGGCUUAAUUUAUAUUUAAUCAACGCCCGUGAGUGUUGUGUCGUUACAUCACCAACAUUUUCCUUCUUUCCCUUGGUUUUUUUUUUUGUUUUGUUUAAAUUCUUAUUUAUAAAUAUAAACCACAGGAAAAGCUUACAUCUGUUUGAUGCAAUAUGAUUUACCCAGACAGGCUGUAGCUUCGCGAAAAAACCGACGUGUCUAAGGCAGAACUACUAUCAAUCUGAGGGGGGGAAAGCAAAAAUGUUUAUUAGGAUGAAGGGACACACUGCCAUUGCCUUUGUUUAGCUAAACAAUUGGCGUGAGUCUGUGACUACUUUUAUGAUCCCGCUUUACUAUACUCAUAGAUUACUACAUUAACGAAUAUUUGCGUUAAGCUUUGUAUACACGAUUUCCGGCUAUCGAGAGUGAGCGAAUGGAAACAUUCGGGCAGCCGGUUUUUGUUCCCCCCCAAGGUCAUGUAACAAAUGUUUACAUGUUCUCACACACAACAGUGUAAGCCGAUCCGGGGGGGAUUGUGGUCGCUGUUCAUUUGAACCAGCGGCGUAUUUUGAAGAAGAAAAGAAGGUUUAUCACACAUACCGACCGCCUCUUUACAUUUAGCUGCGGGUAACAGCAGCAAGGAGCAGCAGCGCAUCACAAAACUGCCGGAGAAACAAACAAACAAACAAAAAAGGGGGAGUUAAAGUGGUAGUAGCGAGCGAGAGUUAGUUCAUAGUUUAGUUCAUAACUAGAGCUUUUAAUGAUAAAUAGGCUUUAUAGCGUUAUUACAAAAAGUGCCCCUAGUGUAAGUCGUACAAACAAACAAACAAAAAACUAAACGAAGGCCGUUUAAUCCGCGUAACCCGUAAGUUUUGUUUUCCGGAUAUGCCUCGAAACUAUCCUGCAAAUGAAUAAGCAAUAGCCCUAAUAAGGGACAUAAAUCACACACACACACAUACAUAUACAUAUAUACAUAUGAUAGUUCCAGUUAACGACAUAAUCUAAUCCACCGUGGCCUGAGGAUCAGAGUCAGAGUUGAAAGGAACCAAGCACGAAACGCGCUCAGUUUUCAUUUUGUAGCUAAUUCGUUUCUCCUACGGUUAAGCGAUUAACUUAACAGGUACGACAACAAUCUUCCAAAACAAAAAGUCGUUUUACUGUGGCACAGUUAUGUUAAAUUCUGUUUCAAAUUUUCCGCCUGGUUUUGUGGUGAACUUGUUUUCCUUUUUUUUUCUUCCUAUUAUCGCGAUUUUGCUUACAAGAUCGGCUAUUAGACAAGAGAAUGGACUAGAGGUAGAAAAGUAGUGGAGGGCAUUGUUGAGUAUUUAUCUAUAUUGUUUUGAGUAGAAACCUUUUUUUUUUGUUUUGUUUUGGUCGUAACGAAAUAGUGAAUUUCGGAAAUAAUUAUAAGGUUGCGCGAAAGGAUAUUGGUCCCGUAAGGUAUGGCUGUCGCUUCACUGACACCGACCGGCGAUUCUGACGGCAGGAGAAAAACAAAAAGCAAAGUAGAGUAAGGAAGUAAUAACCAAACCAACCAAGUGCUUGCAACGACGAUGAAGCGUUUAUUACACAUUAAGACUCAUAAAUCUCGGAAUAAAAGUGAACGGAUCCGCAAAUACUGGAUAAGGAAGGUAAACAGCAAAAGGCAGAUCAAAGCAGGACGGUACACAGUGUCAAACAGUGUCACAGUGCGUACUGUUGAAUCUGGGACACUGGUUAGAUGAUAUUAGCAAUAUCAAAUAGUAGCGAAUACGGAGCGAAGUUGUAUCAUGAUAUAUCAAGACGGGGAUGGCGAGUCAUCCCCCCCCCCCCUCCUCCCUCCCGUAAAUCCGAUGAGAAGACGACCGAUCACAAACGAUGUAGCACCAGUAGGCGUGAUGAAACCAAAGACUUACAUUUGUAUUAUUGCACACAUCAAAAAAGCGAUCGGACGAUCGUUUGAGGCGAGGAAGCGUAUGGGAAAAGGAAACCCCGGAAGUGAAACGAUCGUAGAGAAAAUAAAAUGUGCUUGCGUUUGCUUUUGAGACGCAAUAUUUCUAAUGAGAACACGGAA